AUGCUUCUACAGAACGACUUUGAAAGUUGUCUUGCCAGCCUAGACAAUCCUGUCUUACUUCACUUGAACCCUACAUCCCGUCGCCCUCGGUCACCUUCGCCGUCAACGAGGAGCAUCGUUCUGAGCUCUUCGAGGCCGAGGAGCGAUUCUUUUCGACGACCAUACACUCGUUCGCCUCUGGGAGAGUUACCACUUUCUGACAAUGUUCCAACUAGACCUAGGUCAUCUUCGCGAGCGAGUAGCUUCUCAGGAUCCUUGAUUAUCCGUCAUGAAUCCAGAUAUAGUAUGCGGCCUAGCAUUUCAAAUUCGUUCCAUGCCCUUCCUCCAAUUCUUUCUGGUUCGAGUGUUCAUUUCAACUUUCAAUCGCUCAUGAUUUCUUCUGGAAAGACUCCUCGGUCUCGUCGUGCCUCACGACUGAGUGAGAAUCCCCCAGCACUACCUCCUUUACCUUCCUUAUCCCAACCAUUAUUUCCACCUGCUGCAGAAACAGCACAGAAAGAUUUAUUCCAGAUGCCUUCAUUGCGCCAUCCCAACAGUCCCUAUGUACCCUGGGACUCGCCCAUGAGGCGCCAGAUCUUCCCUCCUUUGACCACUGAAUCUUCUGAAUCGUUAUCGUCUCGGUCAGAAUGUUCUCGUAGUGGCGCUCGUGCUCCCGAACCUCCAAAUAUUUCUGACGACGACCACAAACUGGUUAGAGUAUCUCGGGGCAUUAGAAAAGUGCAUCGAACGGUGAAACAUGUUGCUGGCGUUGCCAAGCGUAUGUUUAUGCGGCAGAAGCAUGUACAGGCCUCCUCUGUUCCACCAUUGACCAUAAACACCCAUAUACCCGAUCACAGCGUUCAUCCUCCCGCUUAUCCACCCUCACCAGGAGUUGCCUCUUUAGACUCUUCCAACACUCGAUCGCUAGCAUUGUGGCUUGAUGCCAGACACCAGGAGAUUCUCGACUGGGACGCUGACUCUUGCCAUUUCAUGAGUUUGGAAGAUUACGAGCGACGAGGCAGUUGGAUCAAUCUCGCUGGGGAAAGAACAUUCGUAUGUUCGCUUCUUGGUUGUAGCAUUCAUUCGCGGCUUUCCAACGCCGUCACAAGCUUCGAGUUAGAACCCGACACCCUGUGUUACGAACAAAGGGCCGAUGAACAAAAUGAGCAGGCAAAUACCUGUUCAGGUCGUGCCUCUCAUGACUCUGACAAAACUGCUAUAUCUGAGAUCCUCCUUGAUCAAAAGACGAAAGAUUUUUCUCGGACCACUUUGCUUGUACAGACAUCAACUUGCGGGCCUUAUUAG